GUCGAGGAUGACAUUGAAGGAAAAGAUCGGACAGAUUACCCAAAUCGAACGCAGGGUUACUUCUCCUUCCGUGAUCACAAACUACUGCGUCGGUUGGGUUAAUCUAGUAUGUGUUUGGCAACUCAAAGGUUGUAGCUUUAUGGAUGGUUUCGUUAGAAGAGCCCGAGUUAUGAAUCCAGACAUUGAUAGUUCAAUGAACUAAUCAAGAUUCCGUGGUUUAGAAUCUUGAGUUUGACUCUCAUUUCCCUUUGGCCACUUCACAAUGGCAGAAAAAGGGGAGAAAGCGAACUGAGACAGGAAACCUUUAACUUGUGAGAUCUUGAUCUGGUCUUGAUUCCAUGAGUGUUUUAGCUCAAAGUUGUACCCUGCAGUUGUUGUGGUCAUUUGUUAUCGCUGUUGUUCUUCAGGGAGUGUAUUGUCCGGAGGAGGGAGUCCGCCAUGUGAGGGAGCAGAGUCCUCUCACUGGGCAGACAUGAUAGAUGGAUUCCAAAAGGCUGCACUCGAAACACGCCUCAGGAUUCCCAUCAUUUUCGGGAUUGAUGCAGUUCACGGCAACAACAAUGUCGUGGGUGCCACCAUUUUUCCUCACAACAUUGGCCUUGGGGCUACCAGAGAUGCUGACUUGGUUAGGAGAAUCGGGGCAGCAACCGCCAUUGAAGUUAGGGCGAGUGGCGCUCAUUGGGCAUUUGCUCCUUGCGUAGCCAUAGCGAGAGAUCCGAGAUGGGGAAGAACGUAUGAGAGUUAUGGCGAUACUGAAACUGUCUGUAAGAUGACUUCUCUUGUCUCUGGCUUGCAAGGAGAUCCACCCGAAGGACAUCCUAAUGGUUACCCUUUUGUAGCAGAAAGAAAGAAAGUAGCAGCUUGUGCAAAGCAUUAUGUGGGAGAUGGGGGAACAGAGAAAGGCAAGAACGAAGGGAACACCAUUGUUACGCAUGAAGAGCUCGAGACCAUCCAUUUGGCUCCUUACUUGAACUGUCUUGCUCAGGGAGUUUCAACAGUCAUGGCUUCUUAUUCGAGCUGGAAUGGAGAUAAAAUGCAUACCCACCAUUUCCUCUUGACACAAGUUCUCAAGAACAAGCUUGGUUUCAAGGGAAUUUUGGUUUCAGAUUGGGAAGCACUGCAUCGCAUCACCGACCCGCCCGGCUUGAACUACCGAGAGUGUGUAAAAGAUUCUGUCAAUGCUGGAAUCGACAUGGUGAUGGUGCCUUUUGAGUUUGAGCGUUUCAUAUCGGAUUUGACAUCUCUGAUAGAAUCUGGUGAGAUUCCAAUGACCAGAAUUGACGACGCGGUGGAGCGGAUACUGAGAGUGAAGUUCAUCGCAGGCCUUUUCGAACACCCUUUUUCAGACAGAUCCUUGCUUGACAAAGUCGGCUGCAAGGAACACAGAGAACUGGGUCGAGAAGCAGUGAGGAAAUCGUUGGUUCUGCUGAGGAACGGUAAAGAUCCCGAGAAGCGGUUUCUUCCGCUAAGCAGAAACGCUGAGAAGGUUCUUGUAGUGGGGACUCACGCUGACAAUCUUGGAUACCAAUGUGGAGGAUGGACAAUCAGUUGGUUUGGUCACAGUGGAAGGAUCACAACCGGCACAACAAUCUUAGACGCCAUUAAGAAAUCAGUCGGAAGCUCAACUGAAGUGGUCUAUGAAGAACAUCCAUCGGAAGAAACCCUAUCCGGACACAACAACUUCACUUAUGCGAUAGUGGCAAUAGGUGAAGAGCCGUACGCAGAGACGUUCGGAGAUAGUUCAGAGCUUGAGAUUCACUUCAAUGGAAGCAAAACCCUAAAAUCCGUGGCAGAGAAGAUCCCGACUCUGGGGAUUCUGGUUACAGGACGACCGGUGGCUCUGGAGCCGACAACCGUGGAAAAGGUCGAAGCUUUGGUGGCGGCUUGGUUGCCCGGAACCGAAGGAGACGGGAUUGCGGAUGUUGUGUUCGGAGAUUACGACUUCGAGGGCAAGUUACCUAUGUCCUGGUUCAGAACUGUGGAUCAGUUGCCGAUGAACACCGACCAGGCAGAUCCAUUGUUUCCCCACGGAUUUGGGUUGAAUUGUAAGAAAGAUUAAUGGUUGAGGGCAAAUUGGAAUAAUAUGUUUUUAAAGGGGUGAAAAAGUGAAAUCUUGAAAUGAAGAGCGCCAUAGCCCUCUCUCCCUCUCUCUUCCUUU